AUUUUGUACGGUUUAUGAAGACUUGCACUGUACCUUGAAGUACUUGAGUACUUCUGCCUCAGGUUCAACUUUUCAAGCUCUGAUGUUGCUAGGCAAUUGAACUUGUUUCAUUGGUGUUCCAAACACCACUAACGCGAAGAGCCCUGUAAUCGGACAUUCGGGCCCAGUUCCUCGGAGAGCCGACCCCGAGAAUGCUGUCAUUGAUUGGUGAACUUUUUCAAAAGGCAAUUCCACUAAUUCAUAUAGUUAUACCUGUUCUAUUAGUUAUUAGUACCUUUGUCUGUUAAACGACUUUAAGAUACCUAUAUUCCCUGACUCUUUCAUUUUCGAGCCGUCCUCAAGCUAUAAGCUUACGCAGUAUGGCAACACGCCAUUCAAUUGCGCACCUUGCGCGCAGAGCAGCUGGUACUGCAAUUGCAACUGCUAACUCAACGGCGCUAUGCCUCCAGCCAUUGAAGAAGAGUGCACUCCAGACGAGGUCAUUCGCAACGCCGGCGCCACCUGUCACACAAAAUGCGGUAGGAUCUAAAGGCCCAACGGCCAUGGUUUUUCUGAAUAUGGGUGGCCCAUCCACGGUAGAUGAAGUCGGCGACUUUCUCAGCCGCUUAUUCGCAGACGCCGAUCUGAUACCUUUGGGGCGACUGCAAAACUACAUCGGGCCCCUCAUCUCGAGCCGAAGAACCCCAAAGAUUCAGAAGCAAUACGCGGAGAUUGGAGGUGGUUCUCCGAUUCGAAAAUGGUCGGAAUAUCAAAACGAAGAAAUGUGCAAGAUUCUCGACCGGAUAUCGCCCGAGACCGCUCCCCACAAACCCUACGUCGCAUUUCGCUACGCGAACCCUCUUACGGAAGAGAUGUACAACAAGUUGCUAGCAGACGGUUUCGGGAAUGGCAAGGGAGGGAGAGCUGUAGCUUUCACACAAUAUCCCCAAUACUCUUGUUCCACAACAGGCAGUAGUCUUAAUGAACUAUGGAAGUGGCGACAACGAUUGGAAGGGAAAGCUGGACCUGGUACCAUCCAAUGGAGUGUCAUUGACAGAUGGCCGGUACAUCCAGGAUUAGUAGAAGCAUUCGCUAGCAAUAUCGAGAAGACGCUGGCGGAAUACCCAGAAGACCGAAGAAGCCGAGUCGUCUUAUUAUUCUCGGCUCACAGCUUGCCGAUGACGGUAGUAAAUCGAGGAGACCCUUAUCCCGCCGAGGUUGCCGCAACAGUAUACGCCGUUAUGCAGCGACUCAAGUUCUCCAACCCAUACAGAUUAUGUUGGCAGUCACAAGUCGGUCCUCAACCAUGGCUGGGACCUCAGACCCAGACUUCAGUUGAAGAGUACAUCGCAAAGGGACAGAAAGACCUCGUUCUUAUCCCGAUCGCGUUUACCUCGGAUCAUAUCGAAACGCUCUUCGAGCUCGAUAAAGAGGUGAUAGGGGAGUCUGGCCACGCGGAUACGGUUAAGCGGGUAGAAAGCUUAAACGGAAAUCCCAUAUUUAUCGAUGCCCUCGCAAAUCUUGCCAAGAGUCACUUGGAUAGCGGCGUUGCAUGCUCGCACCAGAUGGGGCUCAGGUGUCCUGGUUGCAAGAGCGAACGAUGCGCCGAGUCGAAGAAGUUCUUCGCCUCGCCGGAAAAUGCAUUUGCGGUGUAGGAUGAUGCGCAAGUGUUUUUUCGAGCAUUACUUACCUCUAUUUUUUGUAUCGUCCAUGUCGAUACUUUAUGCAACUCAUCUUUGGGCAUUGGAAAAGAGGUAGCUUAAAAAAUAUUUGAUUUGAGCCAGCCAAUCUAUUUAUUCGGGGUUACAAUAGAUGAAGAUAAUGGCGCACCUCACUCCAUGAUUCUAUGAUGUUGAUGUAUUUGAGCGGAAAAGCAGCUAUGGAAUUGUAUUGGAUAAAACAAUUAAUUGAUAUUUACUCUAUCAACCGAACGCCUUGCUAUUCACGCGUUCACGUAUAAAUAAACAUAAGGGAUACUUAAAU